AUGGGACCCGGCGACGCCGGACCUGGUGUGGCGAGGGCCGAGGCGCUCGCCGUGCUGGGCACCGGCACAGGCCACAGCGGCAGUUCACUCACCGACACAGGCCACAGCGGCAGUCCACUCACCGACACAGGCCACAGCGGCAGUCCACUCACCGACACAGGCCACAGCGGCAGUCCACUCACCGACACAAGCCACAGCGGCAGUCCGCUCACCGACACAGGCCACAGCGGCAGUCCACUCACCGACACAGGCCACAGCGGCAGUCCACUCACCGACACAGGCCACAGCGGCAGUCCACUCACCGACACAAGCCACAGCGGCAGUCCGCUCACCGACACAGGCCACAGCGGCAGUCCACUCACCGACACAGGCCACAGCGGCAGUCCACUCACCGACACAGGCCACAGCGGCAGUCCACUCACCGACACAGGCCACAGUGGCAGUCCACUCACCGACACAGGCUACAGCGGCAGUCCACUCACCGACACAGAACACAGCGACAGUCCACUCACCGACACAGGCCACAGCGGCAGUCCACUCACCGACACAGGCUACAGCGGCAGUCCACUCACCGACACAGGCCACAGCGGCAGUCCACUCACCGACACAGGCCACAGCGGCAGUCCACUCACCGACACAGGCCACAGCGGCAGUCCAUUCUCCUUGGAAACGUCAGGCACCACGCUGGCACCCUCUGAGUGCUUCAUGUCGAUAGCAUACCUGGCUUUGUGA